AUGAAUGGAACUGAAAGCAAAGGGGUAGGAUUGCAAUGGGAUUCCACUCAGCUUCUAAGAAAUGCAACAUCGAAGAUGCUAAGCAGAUGUAAUAACCUACGCCUAAGAAAGAUAUCUCAAUCCUCUGCUUCUCCUUUGCCAUCAGUCGUAGAUGACGGUAAAGAGAACAAUGCACACUUGUCUCAGCCUCAAUCACGCAAGCAAACCAAGAAGGCGAAGGAAUCCAAGCAAUCAUUUGAGGAGUUGCAAGAAAUUCAAGGAAAGCUUGAUCAAAUGCGCCUUGAGAAGGAGAAGACUGAAGAGCUCUUGAAAAGCUUUCCCCUGGUUAAAUCUCUAAGAGAAAAGGAGCAAGAAAAGAACGUUAAGAGAAAGAAGAAGGCGGGCCCAGUCAUCAAAAAGCCAUCUCCAACUUAUGUCCUCGGGUGCAGAGACCAAUGCAACGAGGUAAAGAAAGAGAACUCACAGUCAGAGUUCAAAGAAAUCUCAAACAUAUUGGGAUCGAAAUGGAAGAACCUCAGCCCAGAAGAGAAGAAGCCCUACGAGGAAAAAUACCAGGCUGACAAAGAAGCAUACCUACAGAUCAUUGGAAAAGAGAAGCGUGAAAAUGAAGCAAAGAAGCUUUUUGAGGAGGAACAGAAGCAGAAGGCAGCAAUGGAGUUACUUGAACAGUAUCUCCAGUUCAAACAGGAAGUAGAAAAAGAGACCAAGAAGACAAGGAAAGAAAAGGACCCUCUUAAGCCAAAGCAGCCUCUAUCAGCUUUCUUCCUAUUUUCAAAGGAGCGACAUGCUGCCCUGCUUCAAGAUAACAUUAAUAUUUUGGAGAUUGCCAAGCUUGCAGGAGAGGAACGGAAGAACAUGGCAGAAGAACAGCGUGGACCAUAUGAAGAGAUGGCAAAAAAGCAGAAGGAAGAGUAUCUGAGGGAAAUGGAGAUAUACAAACAGAAAAAGGAUGAGGAAGCUGGAAGCCUUCAUAAGAAAGAGGAGCAGAUGAAAAUUCAGAAACAGGAAGCCUUGCAAUUGCUCAAAAAGAAAGAGAAGGCAGAAAAUAUAAUCAAGAAAACAAAAGAGAACCGCCUGAAGAAGAAGAAGCAGAAGGAAGAACAGAAUUCAGACCCCAAAAGGCGAAAGAAGCUUCUUCAUUCUUUCUUUUCAGGUAUUUUUUUUAAAAAAAAUUUGACACAGGUCAAUUUAAUUUGUAAGUAUGUAUCUUGCUAA